UCCUUCUCUCAUUUGCCUUCAUAUAUUCAUACUUCACCUUCUUUCUUUCAUUCACAAUCUGCUACCCAUUUCCAAGGUCGCAGAGAAAUAUCGUCCAGAACCCAUCAAACUAUGACAGCUUCUUCUGGUGAAAGCUCUGUGGACAGCAAAAAUGCACUCUCUGGCCUUGCUCCAAUAGAAGCAGUACUCUUUGAUAUUGAUGGAACUGUAUGUGAUUCAGAUCCAAUUCACUAUGCUGCUUUCCGUGAAAUGCUUCAAGAGAUAGGUUUCAAUGGAGGGGUUCCAAUUACUGAGGAUUACUAUAUUGAGAAUAUUGCUGGUAAGCACAAUGAUGAUGUUGCCAGGCUACUAUUUCCUGAUGAUUUUGAACAAGGCAUAAAGUUCACAGAUGAGAAGGAAGCUUUGUUUCGUAGAUUGGUUGGAGACAAAUUGAAGCCAGUGAGUGGUCUUGAUAAAGUGAGGAAAUGGGUUGAAGAUCGUGGAUUGAAACGGGCUGCAGUUACUAAUGCUCCCAAGCCAAAUGCUGAACUAAUGAUCUCUAGCCUUGGCCUCUCGGAUUUUUUCCAAGCUGUUAUUCUUGGGAGUGAGUGUGAGCAUGCCAAACCUCACCCAGAGCCGUACUUGAAGGGCCUUGAAGCGAUCAAGGCAUCAAAAGAGCACACUUUCAUCUUCGAGGAUUCUGUUUCGGGGAUCAAAGCUGGAGUUGCAGCUGGUAUGCCGGUUAUUGGUUUAACCACCGGAAAUCCAGAACACAUAUUAUUGGAAGCAAAACCCACCCUUAUUAUCAAGAACUAUGAUGAUCCAAAAUUGUGGGCAGCAUUAGAAGAGCUUGAUAAGAAGAGUGGUACUAGUAGUGCGACAAGUGGUGCUUAAAGGAAUGAAUAGCAGAUUCUUAGUAUGCUCAAAGGCAGGCUUAAAUAAUUUUGUUGCUUCAUAUAUAUUCCACAUAGCAGCUACAGUUCUGGGAUGCUGUAUUAUUCUUCACUGUUCAUUCAAUCAUAAAGACGUAGCUUUUUGUGGCUACAUAAGAAUGCAUAGUUGCAUACAAAUUUUAGUUGAAUUGGAAACAGAUUUGUUCUGAUUCACUCUAUAAAAGUGAAGAACAGAGACUUGAAUCUGAGUGAAAGAGACUGGUACAUUAAUAAGUGCAACUGUUUUUCAGCUUUUGUAUACUUUUAAGUGCAACUGCGUGUGCUGGCAAUGGCACUUCAGUUC